GUUUCUUAGUAAGAGAGUGACGCAUUUUCCAUCUCCAGGAAGCUGAGGCGGAGGCGGGUGGAGGAAAAGAAAGAAAGGAGGCCAAGAAAGAAACGCGAGGCUGCUAGAAGCUCCAGGGGAGAUUCCUGAUUGCUCUCGCCAAGCGCUCUCCUCCCUUCCCCCGGCUCCUCCCUAGGAAAGUCCGGCUCCACUUUCGCAGGGGAAGGGGUGGGGGAGGGAGCGCCGGGUUGGGCUGAGUUGAGAGAGGGCGGCCUGCUACAGUAUUAGGAAAGAGGCGCCCGUAGUAAACGUGGCUGCUAAGCGGCUUCAGCUCAGGAAAGUAGGGAGGGAGGGACAAGCUGGGGCGAUUCGCUCAUAGACUUAUAUGGUUUGGCCCCCAUACGCUGCUCUCCGGCCGGCUGGGCUCUUCCUAAACCUAAAGGCAUCUCGACCGGUCAGCAAUGUCUCUGGAGGACCCGUUCUUCGUGGUGAAAGGGGAAGUUCAGAAAGCCGUAAAUGCAGCACGUGGGCUCUAUCAGCGCUGGUGUCAGCUGCUGCAGGAAACGCAGGUCAUCAGCAAAGAGGAAUUUGACUGGACUACUAAUGAACUACGCAACAGCUUGCGCAGCAUUGACUGGGACCUGGAGGACCUGGAGGAAACCAUAUGCAUUGUGGAGUCAAACCCGCGCAAGUUCAAAAUUGAGCCCUCCGAGGUUGCCACCCGGCGCACUUUUGUCACAGAGAUGCGGGAAUCAGUCAGGGAAAUGAGGGAUCACAUAUCCAGUCCAGCAGCACAGGCCUUUGCAGAGAGGAAAAACAGAGAGAUGCUGGUGGGGAGCAGGGAACACUAUGGGAUGCUGGAUGCAGAGGAACCGUCAACAGCUAAUUCACAUACUUUGGAAGAGCAGCAGUUGCAUCAGAAGCUGAUCAUUGAGGAGCAGGAUGAGCAGCUGGAGCUCGUCUCUGGCAGCAUCCGAGUGUUGAAGCACAUGUCGAGUCGGGUCGGAGAAGAGCUGGAUGAGCAGACUGUGAUGCUGGAAGACUUUGCCCAUGAGAUGGACAGCACUCACAGCCGCAUGGAUGGCGUGCUCAAAAAAAUGGCCAGAGUCUCCCACAUGGCAAGUGAACGGCGUCAGUGGUGCAUCAUCGGCCUGUUGCUCGUUGUCGUGGUGGUAGUGCUGGUUCUUAUCUUUGCUCUGUGAUCAAACGGCAGAACGGACAUGGGGGAAGGGUGGCAGGUACCAAUCCCAUCCCUGUCGAGUGGAACACCGGGGCCUUGUAUCCUGUGCAGGAUCGUUGCGAAGCUUCCUCCAAAGGUGAAAAGGAAGCAAGUCCAUUUAAUCAGGUGGAAUGAUGGAUUUCAAAUGGGCUGCUCUCCCUUGCAGUCAGACUUUGCUCCUAAUUGUUUAAGGCUGCAGAUUUGUGAAAAAGGAGGACUGGGUUCUGGAGGUUAGGAAAUUUGUGCCAUCUCCCCCUUUUGUGUGUGCCAGGGUGAAAUUAUAGACAGACAGAUGUGCCUGUUAAAUGUGGAAGCCAUAUUGCAUAUGCAGUUUGUUAUCCAUUUUGCAAGUAGAUGCAGCAGCGUCAGUUUCCUUUCCACCACCGAGUAGCCUUUUCCUCUCAUCUCCAGCAGCCUAUGAGGAAGAACACGGUCCCAGCUAUUCUUGCUGCCAUUAUAGGUUCUUAUUCUUCAUGCCACCUCUCCGAACGGGCACAAGAUUGCUGCACAUUUAAUGUGUCUGCUGAAGAAGCACAAUUGACUAAGCCAUCGGUUGUCUUUCACCUCAGCCAGUAGCAGAUGGAGAACUGAAUAGACGGGAUAGGACAAAGGCUUCGCUUCCUUUUCAAAGGACAAAAUUGCUCAGAGUUGAGAACAGGUCAAAGCCAUCUCGCUGCACAAUUGCCAAGAAAGGGAUUUUGCUUAGUGGAACUGGGAACAUCACCCCAAAGCGCCUUCUCUUAUCAUGAGGUCAGCCGUCCACCAGAAACUGGGAGCAAAAUGUCAGAAUCUCAUCGCCCAAAUCCCUCAGGCCUCAGUGCUGUGCUUCAGGUUGCAAGUGGUGCCAAUACUUCUGGGGUGCUGCCAAGCACUUCAAGAAAAUUGUUUUCCAGACACCCAGUCAGCUCAAUCCCUUUCAGUUACAUGGUAAACAAACCUUCUCCUCUUAGGUCUAAAUCCCUGCCAAGGACACACUGUCUUUGCUGAUAGAGAGGCUACUUUCAGCCAAGCCCAAGUGACUCAGUAGCCUGAUGUGGAGGAUAAUAGACCUUUCUAUGAGGCAGCCCUGCUGUCACAUGCACUCAGAAGCCAUUCUGUUUCUAUUGUGAAGUAUUAUUUUAAAAAGGUAGCUCUUCCAAGAAAAAAAUGAAAGUUUUUAUACUUCUAUUUAAUACAGACUUUGGUUCUGGAAUGUUGUUGGAAGGGAGUGGUGAUAUUUACAUACCCCAAAAUAUGAAAACGAGCAGCAAUUGCCACCCAGAUGAUGUCAGAUUGUCACUGUCAUCCCUGGCUGCUGGAUGCUGAAGACCAACAAAAUAUGGAGCGACAGAAAUUCCCCACCUCUGAACUAGAAGAGAACCCUACUUUGAUCUAACUAGUCUAGCAUUCUGUCUUCAACUAUGGCUGCCAGCCACAGAUGUUAUUUGAAGCUAGGGAUCUAAUGCACUUUGAACUCCGUCAUUCUUACUGAAUUGUGUGGGCAUUAUUUAAGAUGAUUCUUAACUGACUGCCUAAAGCUCAAAGCUGUGAUCACAUAGUAUCCUGAGCAACCGAGUAAUUUCUCUCUCGUCUCUACCAUUUGCAGCAGUACUAACCUCGUAUCACGUCCUCCCUCCCCAAGUCACCAAAACCAAGUCUUGCUGUGUAGUUUGCAGCCUAAUCUGAUGCAGUUCAAUCUGUGUUCAGUGGGGCUUAGUCCCAGGGAAGUGUGCGCAGCAAUCUAAUUGGAGCCACUCUCUUCAGUAGAGGAAUAGAAAUUCAACAUGUUCUGCUGAACUAAAAAAAAAGUAAAUAUGCUAAUCAAAUGAUGCCCGAUUUUGCAAACAUCCUGUAGUUUAAGGAAUGCUUUGUCUAGUCCAGUGGUGGGGAACCUGUGGCCCUCCCAAUGUUGCUGGAGUACAAUUCCCAUCAGCCUUCACCAUUGGCCAUGCUGAUAAGGGCUGGCAGGAGUUGAAUGAACAACAUAUGGAGGGCAACCAGUUGCCCAUCUGUACUCUAGUCUAGGGGGGUUGAAGAGCAAGAUAAGAAAUUUAAUGAAACGGAGAAACAUGAAUCUCAGUCAUAUUUGUUUUGUACCAUGGGGUUGCUUAAUUUGGAAAUAGAAGUUACUUAGCCUGAUGGAUCCACAGAAAUGCUCCAGAGCUUAGAUACCUACCUUAAGCAAAUCUGGUCUGUUUUUAAUUUCAGCAAGGCUGCUCCAUGAUAACUCUCCAGGAAAUAAUCAAGCUUACACAUGAAAUGGUCAGGCACGCAACUGUUACAAACUUUUUUUUUUAUUAACAUUUCUGAAUUCCUUUUUUUAUUUUUAAUCUUUACAGUAGUUAAUGUGCAAUUUCUUGAUACUCUCAGGUCACAGGGAUGAGGGAGUCACAAAAUUUUUCUUGGCACUUAUAACACAGAACAAAUACUGGCAUUAUCCAGGGGCAAAGAGGUGGGCUUUAAGGUGAAAAGCAGGGAGUGCUGAGGGAGCUGGGGUGGGGCAGGCGGGGGAAAUGGGGAGGAUGCUUUUGUUAUUUCAUUUUAAAGGAUCUGUUUUCCUCUCUGAGAGGGUUUUACAAGGGGCAAGGGAGGGAGAGGGGCUGAUAUUGGAGUAGCUGCUUGCAUCAACCCAAAGCACCUGGAAGGGGGAAGAGAGAAAAGUCCAUGCUGCAUCUGCACAGAGCUUACAUAAUCAGGCUUUGUUAGUGCUUUUCAGUGUACAUUUUUUGUCCUUUUUUAAAAAAAAUUGUUUGCUCUAGUUUAGAAAAAAAAGAAGAACCCAACAAAAGCAAAAAAUAAAAGAUGGACCAAAAAGUGGAUACAACAAAAGACAGAAGAAGGCCUCAUUCCCUUCGCCCCAUCGUGGGAUUAUUCUCAUUUCCAACAGAAAGCCUGCCCAAGAUGCAAACAGACCAUGGGGGCAGGGAGAAUUAUUCAGCUGGCUAGAAGGAACCUCAGAGAAAGAUUAUAAUAUUUUGAGUCCAAGUGAUCCUCAGAGACGCUCUAAUCCAGAUAAUUCUUAAGUUUCCUCUGCUGCAAGACAUUUAUGCUGCAUCUCCCCAUUCUGUUACAUCUCCAGAUAAUAUCCAUGAGACUAGACAGUGCCAUUUCAGUUGCCUCAGAGUGGGUCUCCCCAGGAUGCUACAUACCCAGGAUUCCAAAAAGCACAGCCCCAAUAGGUCAUAAUAUAUGUCCGGACAUUCCUCUUCCAGUGUCCCUUUGUUUUUGAAAUUUAGAUCUGGCAGUCCUACCAACACAGCUCACAACACACAGAAACAGGAUAGGAUUCUUCAAAUGUUAUUUCAAGGUUAGUAGCUACUUUCGGCCAACUCUCCUAAAGAUGCCAAGCCUCCUGGUGAGAAAAUGUACAACUCUUAUAUUUUUGGCCUAGGGGAUACCCUAAGCCAAUCACACCUGAUUUU